UACCUACCUAAGAGUUGAGAUACACAAGAAAUAAGAGAGUUAGCUUAAACUUCUACCAUGUAAAUAACAUGGAUUUGUGCUUUCAAGCUCCAAACUUCAUUGAAUGGCUUAAGCCUUCUACACCUUUAAAUUCUCCAUCAUCUUUAUCUUCUUCUUCUUCAACCCAACAACAAGUUCAUAGUAAUAAUAAGGUUACAAAUUCCAUGAUGUUCAUGAUGAAAUUGCCAUUAUUCUACAAACAACAUCAAGAUGAAGAGGAGGAAGAAGAAGAAGAAGGCGAAGGCGAACUCGAACGUGAGACGACUUUGCCCCUCUUAAGUAGGCUUAUUGAGGCAAAGGCAAUGAAGGAAGAAGAGGGUAAUCAUGGAAUUUACAAGGAACAGUUUGAUGAUGAUCAUGAUGAAAUGGAGAAAGUUACAGUUGCUUUGCAUAUUGGUUUACCUAAUAGUAGUAGUAGUAUUAUUACUACUAAUAAUCAUGAAAGUUUGUCUAAUGAUGAUGAUUUAGUAGAACGCAAGAAUUUGAAAUUAGAGGGAGAAAAAGAAAGUAGCAUGAUUAUGAUGAUUAAUGAUGAUCAUAAAGAGAAGAUUAGCAUGAAUAAUCACCAUUAUUCAUCAUCAUUUAACACAGAAAGUAGGUUUUGGAUUCCAACACCAGCACAAAUUCUCAUUGGACCCAUGCAAUUUGCUUGCUCUAUUUGUAGCAAAACUUUCAACCGUUACAAUAACAUGCAGAUGCAUAUGUGGGGACAUGGAUCGGAGUACAGAAAGGGACCAGAAUCCCUAAGAGGUACACAACCAGCAGCAAUGCUAAGACUACCAUGCUAUUGUUGUUCACAAGGGUGUAAGAACAACAUCAACCAUCCAAGAGCAAAACCCUUGAAGGAUUUUAGGACUCUACAAACUCACUUCAAACGAAAACAUGGAAUCAAAGGCUUUAUGUGCAGGAAAUGUAGUAAAGCAUUUGCAGUUAAAGGUGAUUGGAGAACUCAUGAGAAGAAUUGUGGCAAACUUUGGUAUUGUAUUUGUGGUUCUGAUUUCAAGCACAAAAGAUCUCUUAAAGACCAUAUUAGGUCUUUUGGUAAGGGACAUUCCCCUUAUCCUUCACUCGAAGGAUUCGAGGACGAGAAAGAGUGCAUCACAAGUACUGGCUCUUCUGAAGACGAGUAGCCAAGCAUGAUGCCUAGUACACUAACCUGAACUCGACUCGUUUACCUUUUAAGUUUAUGUAUGAUUGUUGGUUUUUAUGAUGCUUAUCAAGGCUUGUGCUCUACAACAAAACAUUUCUCAAGAAUGAGGAGAGGUUUGUUUUGGAGCAUAUGCUAUUGUAUAAGCAAGCAUAGUAGAACUACUUUUAUUACUUGUAUGUUUAGGAGUUUACAAUUUGUUUUCUUAUCUUGUUUCUUGAUUAAUAAUAAGUAGAGGAUCAAUACAAAGUGAUGAAGCUGAAGAAUUUUCUCCUACAUCUUAGGAUGAGAGAUGAGCGAAAUUAGUUUUGCUAAUUAAGGUUGUCCUCCAAAUGGAGAAAAUUUAUCAGCUUCAUCAUUACUUUGUAUUAACCCUAGAUAAUGCAAAGGCUUGAAUUAUAUUGUUGUAA